UGUCUUGUUUAAGUUCCGUUUGUUUGUUUGUUUUUUGUUUUUUUAAGGCUCUACGCGAGUUGUUCACAGAGCUCCAAACGUUUUUUCAACAUUUAAAUUUGGUCUGUUUACAUGUGGUGAAAAUGUCGAGCACCAGACUCCAGACUUUCAAGAACAUUCUAACGGAACGCUUUACGUCCGUGGCUGUGGAGAUUUUCGGUGAAGUUGAAAGUAUCGUCGAGGCGUGCUAUGAAGAGAACAAACGUCUGAGGAGUAUCCUGGACAUGGUGCUCAACCCCGAGAUAAAGUUAUCCAAGAUAGACCUCACUCCACACACUGGAGCAGCCACAGAUGUCAGAGAGCAGCCCCCUGAGCCAAACGCCUUGUUGGACGUUGAAAUGUCGGAACCACUGAUUAAAGUACUUAAAGAAGAGACAGUUGAAUGUGAAGUAAGUUGGUUAUCGGAACAAGAACAGCAAGAAUGGAAUGCUUACAACUUAAGUGCACCAGAGUGUGUGAAAAAUGACCCAGAAGAGGAAGACGUAAGCAUGCCCUGUAUCGCCGACUCAUACCAGGUUCAAGUGGUGGAGUGCCCCCCUGACUCUUCAGCCACUCUCUCAGCUGAUGAAGACUACAAUCAGUGUGAUUACAUUUCCCCAUCGGAGUCAGCAGCCGAAAAUUGUCCACCGCUACUCAGUAAUGCAGAACACUUGAGUGAGACCCAAGAACACCAGAAAUGUCAUGAAGCCUCAAAGAAAAGCAGAUCAAAGCAGUCCAAGCAGAAAACCAUGCUAGAAUUACCAAGGAUGAUGCCCUGCAAAUCUUUCAUUGCUGCUCCUCCUGACUGCCAGUCCUUUGUAGCAAAGCUCACUGAAGCCUUUAAGGAUGCUCCUGGUAAUGAGAAGCCUCUUAUAACCAUAACAGGCCUGACAGCAGAUGCGGAAUUGGUGGACUUUGCUUUUGGUAAAGUUCCUAAAGGUUGCACCUUGUCCUACCAGUGUCCUCUGCCUUCUAGUCAGGAUUACAAGCCACAUAAAGACGCUCCCUCUAGGCCGCUGCUUCCCCUGUCUUCUCCCCCUCUGAAGCUGCGGUCUUCCUUUCCUACUCUCAGUAUUAAGGAGCAGCAACAUUUACUUGCCUUGCACAUCACCUGGGCAGGAGCAUGUGAUCUGGAAAACUCCACACGUGGCUGCAAGGAAUCUCUGGAGGAGCUGCGGAAGUCACGCUUGACCAGCCGUUUCAGAGACAUCUGCAAACUCAAACCAGGUCGAAGCCAUGCGGAGCACCUAGUAUACAAGCUUAAAAAAGGAUUCCUCAAGUGCAAGACUACACAGGCUGAGGAGGAAAUGAAGGCUGAAGCUCUGCGGGAAUACUGUCGGCAUGUAUGUGUCAACUGGUCCCCCUGUGGUUUUGUUGUCCACCCGAAUGCUCCAUGGUUGGGAGUGACGCCUGAUGGGUUAGUGUACGACCCCAGCGAGGAGAGCCGCUUUGGGCUGGUGCAUGUCAAAUGCAUCAGCUUGCGGAGCUUUACAGAAUGCAGCUUCCUGGCCUGUCAGAAUGGAGCAUUACAGCUGAAGAAGAGCCACAGGUACUACUGGCACAUCCAGGGAGAGAUGAUGGUGACGGGAACAUCGUGGUGUGAUCUGUUCAUGUUCUCCAAAGAAGACAUGCUGGUUCAACGCAUCUACCGCGACAAGAUCAACAUGAGGAUCUUGAAGAAGAAACUGGAUGAAUUCUUUUUCUAUUACUACUUGCCAAGUCUAAUUUAGCUGAACGCUGUCAUCACACUGUGGCCUAACGCGAAUGCAUCAAAGUACAAACGGAGUAACGGGGGAGGAACACAACUUGAAAACACAGACUGUCAGCAAGAAGCUACAAAAAUACUGAACACAAAGAGACUUUGCAGAGACUUUUCUAUAGCCUCUAAUCACUAAAGACAGGCAUGCCUGUCCAAUUUUAUCUACCUCAUCCUGCAGUGAAAACACAUCUUCACAAUGUGGCAGCUAAGGCUGUGCAACCUGAACUGGAGAAAAAAUACUAUUGCAGUAUGCAUUUCCACUUAGAUUUUUGGUUUUAAGUUUUAGCGGACUGCAAAUGACUGAAGUUAUAUUUUCUAAUUGCUGUUGCACAUCUGGCCUUAUUAAAUGUCAUUUUCUUAUUAGUUCCAUCUAGUCCAAAGAAAACUUUUUUAUGUUUCCCCUCUUACCAUUCUCCAAAGGGCUACAUCCACUGUAAAGUUUGUUUUAUUUGAUUAGUCUACUAAUUAUUUACUCUGUUAUUUGAUCAUGUUUAGUCUUUGAAAUGUCAGAAAAUAGAGAAAUGUUUCUCAAUUUGUUUGGAUAAAUUCAAGUCUCUACACAAGUAUUAAAAGUUUUUGUGACUUUAGGUAAUGAUGUCUGCAGUUCUGAAUCAGAGCAGGACUUAAGGAAAAUGAUUGUAUGUUCAAUUAUAUAAAAUUCUUACAGAAAAUCUAAA